AUGAAAGACCCUAUCAGCAAAGCAAAUCCAUGUCCUCCUUCUUCUGUUUGCGAACAGGAAGAUGAAGAGAAGAAGAAUUCAGCUCCCCUUACUGGCAUUUUCAAGCUAUUUAAAAACACUUUCGUGAUCAAGGAUUUUGAAGACUUUUUCAGAAUCCUUUGCUACAUAAUUAUUAGUAUCUUCAUAUUCUUCAUUAAUAGUGUUAUCUAGUUCCGUCAAUAUAGCGCAGAAAGAAACAUUUAUAAUAUCCCCUGGAGCUAUAACAUACUUUCUAUAUUAGUUGUCUUCCUCUUAUUUGGCUAUAAAAAAACACUUAGAGUCUGCCUUAAGGAUUGGGUCAUUAGAAAUCUAAAUGAAAAAUAUGUUGGCGCCUAAAAGGAAGUCCGUGCAAACAAGAUACUCAAAUGGAUCCAAGAUUCUACUUAUUACUCUUGCACUACAAUUUUUAGUUUGAUCGCAUUUAAAGAUGAGAUUUUCAUGCCUAGCGUAUUUGGUGGUAAUGGUACCUGCAGUGGAGCUCUCUCUUAAUACCCUAAUUUCCCUCCUAGCAACGUUGUCUUAUUUUAUCACUUAGUUCAAUUUGGUUGCCACACAUACUCCUUCUUCGAACUCGUGUUAUUUAGAAGACAUGAAGACUCUAAAUUCUAUGAAUUCACUCUUCAUCACUUCAUGGCUGCCGGUUUGAUUUUCUACAGCGGAAUGUACAACUUCCUUUAUGUUUCAGUUUUGGUUUUAAUUAUUCACGACAUGGGUGAUAUUUUCGUCGCUGGUGGCAGAUUCUACGCUGAUAUGAAGUUCAAAAACAGGUAUGUCCUCUACGCUAUUAUGGGAAGCGCUUUAAUUGUAUGGAUUGUCUCUCGUAUCUUCGUUUAUCCUAGCUGCAUCAUCUAUACUUGCUGGUAGGUAAUGGGCAACCCUGCUUGGGGUGUUUGGGAUAUUGUCAAGUACUGCUAUUACUAUAUGUUUGUUUAAUUAGUCAUUCUCUUCUUCAUGCAUUGCUAUUGGACUAUUUUUAUGCUCAAGAUUGUUUUCGAGUACUCUUCAAAGCCUGCUUAUAAAAAUCUCUACGACGAUUCUGAUUUCGCAAAGCUUAAAAAGAGACAACAAGAAAUGGAAUUAUAAUAAGAAAAGAAAUCUAAAUGA